AUGGGAAGACUCGAUGGAAAGAACUGUAUUGUUACUGGAGCCGCCGGCGGCAUCGGCCUCGAAACGGCAAUUCUAUUCGCCCAGAACGGUGCCUCUGUCAUGAUGUCAGAUGUCAAUAAGAAUCAAUUGGAGGUUGCACUCGGCAAGGCAAAAAAGCUUGCCCCCGAAGCUAGAAUCGAGUCCUAUGUAACCGACGUUUCAGUAGAGGCUGAUGUCGAGAAUCUGGUGGCAGCAUUAGAUAGUUGGGGCGGGGUCGAUGUUAUAUUCAAUAACGCUGGUAUCAUGCACCCGGAUGAUGGUGAUGCUAUCGAUUGUACGGAGAAGGUCUGGGAUGAGACGCAGAAAAUUAAUGUUAAAGGAGUUUGGUACGGUUGCAAACACGCCGUUCUGUCCUUCCGCAAGCACAAUAAGAAAAAGGCAUCGGUCAUCAACACCGCCUCUGUUGUUGCUCUCGUCGGUAGCGCUACUGCACAACUGGCAUAUACCGCUUCUAAGGGCGCAGUUUUGGCAUUGACGAGAGAAUUGGCCAUGGUGCAUGCUAGAGAAGGUUUCCGCUUCAACUCAUUGUGUCCGGCUCCCCUAAAUACUCCACUCCUCCAAGAUUUCUUAGGCACCGAUCAAGCAAAGCGCCAUCGCCGUGAAAUCCAUUUUCCCACCGGAAGAUUCGGGGAGGCCAUUGAACAGGCACAGAUGGUUGUCUUUUUGGCAAGCGAUGAGAGCAGUUUCGUCAUCGGCCAGGAGAUGAUUGUUGAUGGUGGCAUGACAAGGGCUUAUGUCACUCCUGAGGGGCCAUCAGUCCCAGCACCUCUGAACAACGCAUUCGGUCGUUGA